AUGCAAACCCUUCUCUCUCUCCGGCCGCCCAGACGGCAUCCGUUCGUUUUUGCGGGGCGCGAAAGAAGAAUUACAGGAGCACGGGAGAGAGUGGCGGCUCUCGCUCCGCCCUCGUCGGAUCACCGUGACUCUGCGGUGUACGUACACGGGACACGAAGCGCGAGGUCAGGGGCGGAGUCGGCGAAGAGGCAGAGAGCGCAAAGCAUCUGUGUCUUGAAGAAGAGAGAGAGAAAUGGAGCAUCUUCGCCUGCUUCAGCAGGGACCAGAACGCGUCGGGGAGGGAACAACGAGGCGUCGAUCCGGCAGAGAGGACGAGUCGAGCAAGACGAGGGGUGGAGGAAACAAGAGACGGAUUGCUUCUCGAGUCGCAGGAGACGAGGAGGCAUAGUUAGAGAAACACGCGAAAAAGGGAAAGGGAGCGAGACUUCGUCGAGAGCGGAAAGAACUUUGAAAGAAAUAUGUAGCGCGGCCGCCAAUCUCAAGUGUACGUACACCCGUAGCGGAGGACCGGGUGCACCUUCAUUCCCUUCGUUUCUUCAAUUCUCUGCCCGAUGUGUCUCCCGCCUCUCUAUCCCCCAACCGUCUCUUCCAUGCAUCUCUCGGCAGCUCCCUUCAGGGGUGCUUCCUCCAGCUUCUCUGUCGUCGUUGUUUUCUCCCUCCUUGUCUUCCUCGCGCUUCCUUUCCCCGUGUUCUCCCUCGGUCUCCUCUUUCUCUCCAUCUUUUCCACUUCCCCGUCGCUCGCCAACGUCGCUCGUUUCCUCCGGCUGCGGAUCUCCACGGGGCUCUGCGCCGCGAAGCGCGGAUUUUCGUGCAGCACACUUUUUACGAGAGCGCUCAAGGUCUUUCUCAUCCUCCUCUGCCAGGGCAGCAUCCGAACACUCUCGUCUCCUCUCUGAUGUAUCCUGUUCUUUCUUCUCUCGUGACUCCGGCGUUUGCCUAAGUUCUUCCGCUGCAUCUGCAUCUUUGGCGAGUCCUCCUCCGUCCCCCUCGUCCUUUCCUUCAUGUCCUCCGUAUCCUCCUGAUUCCGCUUCGUCUCGUUCCUCCACCUCGGAGGCUCCCUUUGAUCCCCAACAUGAAUCGUUGCUGUCGCCCCGCUCGCCUUCCUACUGGCCCUUCGAGGAAGCCCUCGAGGCCCUCGCGGCCCAAGGUGUACAUACACCUGACGAACAGGCUCAAGCCCUGGGCUUUGCGUCGGCGCCCCACUUGGGUCUCGAGACGCUUCGUCGUCUGUCUCCGCAUCAGGAGAAACUUGUUUUCCACUGGCUUCUCACAGGCGACCCUAGUCCUCCUGCAGAUGGGAAAUUAAAUCCGCCAUCCUCCACUUCCCUCUCUCCUCUCGAGUCUGCUUCUUCGCUUUCACUGUCUCCUUCGUCUCCUCCCGCGACAGUUUCGUCCUGCUCGUCUUCCCCGCCUCCCUCCGCGGGAGUGUCUCCUCCUUCUCUCCCUGCGUGCGUGUUGAGCUGUCUGCACAUCCUCGAGGAAGAGAUGCUUCUCAAGGGUCUGGUCAUUUCCGAUUUGCCCCGGGACGUCUUCUUCUCGCAUCUGCGCGAGGCCGCCUUGCCGCAAGAAAUCGCCGCCGAAGAAGCCGACAGACAGAAGAGAGAGGCCAAGGAAAGCCGACGCGAGAAGGCAGGAAGCGAGUGGAGAGAUCCCGGAAAUUUCGGUGGGCGCUUUGCUCAGGCGCGGAACCCAAGAACGCAAAGCCCGGGUGUACGUACACCGCAGGCGCAGCUUCGAGACGGGGUCGGCAAGCAAACAGACUUCGGGAAGCCUCAUUCUGAACCAGCGGCAGACUCGACGCGAAGACAAGAGCUCCUCAACGCAGACUGGAUUUCUGCAAGAAAAAAAGAAAUAUACGGGGACAAUCCUUAUCCUUUCCCACUUCGGUGGAAAAACGCUUUUCCGCGCCGUCCGUCGUCUCUCUCCUCUUCUUCCUCUUCUGCUCCCACCUCUUCUGCCGGUGCGUCAGGCGCCUCGUUUUCGUCUUCUGUUCUCCUGCAAGAGCGCCCUUCGUCCUGUUCUUCUGAGGAGCCGCUUUGCAUUUUGGAGAAGCGGCAGAUCAUCGUGGAGCGCUGUGUGUGGGCGCGGAUGCUGGAGGAAAUGGAGGAGCAGAAAGCGUUUCUCGCGGGGUCUCUCGGCUCGUCCGACGGCGCCUCGGAGGCUCUCUCAGUCGAUCGCGGCGUGGCGAAGCGAGUCUGGUAUUUCUGGGUCGGUGAGAUGCGCACGCGAAUCGCAGCACUUCAAGAGGAGCAGCGGGCCCUACUGACUCGUUUCUCUCGCAAGCUGGCAGCUGACGAGGAGGCCGAGCCUUCCUCCGCGCCCGGCCACGACCGCGACAGCACCGCCCUCGAGACCAACGGCGCUGGCGAGGGCCGAAGCGGCGACGGUGUGGCGAAGAGGCAAAAGAAACGGAAAUCUGAGGAGCGAAAUGGUGGUGAGUCUUGUUCUUCUUGGUCGUCGCUCGCGAAUGACGGCGACGGCUUGAAGAAGGAGAUUGAAGCCGAGAAGACGCUGUUGCCUCUGGACAUUGAUCCCACCGUCCUCGCUCUCAUCACUGCGCGAACAGCCGUUCAGCUCAUACUCGUUCCGACUGCGUCGUCCUCGGUGCUGCCAGGGAAGAAGGGACGUGGCCUGGGUGGGGACUUCGCGGGCUCUCUCGAGGACGAGGAAGUCGCGCGGCACGUGGAAAGCGAAGAAGGAUCGCCACUCGAAACACCCUCGACGGCUGGCCAAGCGCCGACCCGCCUUUUCCCCAGAGAGCGAGAAGAUGUGCAAAUGCGCGCCGAGCCGGCGUGGACCGUGGCGGCGCAGCGCCUCGCGGCGAGUCGCGCGGAUUCGCCCGACGGCCCGCCCGCAGAGACAGAGCGCGUCCCGUCGAGCGGUGAGAAAGGGACAGCAGAGAGCGACCCUGGGAGCGAGGAAACGCCACAGAAAGCUGAAGAGGUGGAGGCAACGGCUGCCGCACUCAUUCAGAACAAGACGCAGCGGCAAGUGCCGGUGACGCAAAUGGCCAUGGCGAUUGGAAACGCAGUCAACCUGGAAGUCAACGCUCUUCGGUCUGAGAGCUUCUUCCGGGGGGCGUCUGGCGCGUCUCUCUCGCCCUCGUUCUCUUCCUCGUCGCGUCUCGUCUUGCCGCAGCCAAGGCUCUUCCGCGAGCACGAACUGCUGCGGAAGCGCGCAGAGGGAAAGACGCUCGAUCCGCGCGAGUCUCGAGAGUUGCAGCGCCUCCUCGCGACUCCAAACAGCCACCACGAGAUCUGGGAUCUCAAGAAGAAGCUGCAAGUGGGCGGGCUUCUUCUCGGCGUCCUCCUCAGACACGCUUUCGUCGAGGCCGACUUCGCCGCCGCGAAGCGUGAACUCGCGGAGGAGCUGCAGCAGAAAGAGCGCGAGAAGGAGUUGAUCCGACGAGCCCAGGAUAAAAAGCAACAGCUGGAGGUAGCGCGCGACAAACGAGCGGGGAACAACGCCACAGACUGUACAGACACCGGGGACUCGGUGCCUAAACACACGGCGGACGCGUUCGCGCACGGGGACCCGCAGGCGACGGGCGGCUGUGAAAAGAGCGAAAAGGCCAAGCGGAAACGCGGACGACCGAAGCCUCUCUUCGGGACAGCUUUUGACUCCGAAGAUUUCGCACAUCUCACCGUAUAUCGGUCGCGGCGAUCUUUCACAAAGGUCGAGGUCCCGGCCUUCUUUCACCGAGUCAUCUACAAUUCCAAAACGCAAAGGUUUCUCGGCGUCAUUCAGAUGCGUCGCGUGUGCUUCUCGCAGCUCGUCUCGGGACAAAACUACACGUCCUUCUUUGCUCCUGGAAAGCUCGCUCCACCAGCCCGCGGGAGCUCCGCUUCGCCUCCUGCGUCUUCUCUCCCCUCCUCUUCUCUGACUUCUCAUUCCCCUUCUGCAAGUUCCUCGGGCGGCGCGCCGGCACCGAGCGCAUCGAGCAGCUUUCGCACGUUGCCUGCGCCGCCGCCUCAGGCAGCGUCUCCUUCCUUCUGGCUCUUCCUCAAGUACUUGCCAAUGGUGCUUCCUCCCCUGCCUUGGCAGGACUACUCGCGGGGGGCGUACCUGAUGCUGCGGAAUUCCUUCAUCCGCGCGGUCUCCUACGGCGAAGUCAAGUCUGCCGGGCGGACCUCGAGGAAGAAGGACGAGGAAUCUGACGAAGACGAGGAAGACGAGGACUCGUCUCUCGCGUCCACCGAGGCGAGGGCCACUCCCGCCGAAACGAGCCCGAAGAAGGGGGAGAAGCGCGCGAAGGGCGGCGGCAAGCGGGAGAAGAUCGCUUUUCUCGGAGGCGCCGGCAGAGUGAAGAUGGCGAGAGACUUCCACGCGUACAACACAGCUUUGCCCCGCGCCGUCGUGUCGGCGCUCGGCGCUCAGGCCUGGCGAAUCAACAAGGACGUCUUGAGUGUGAUGGAGGCGGCAUGGCAGCGUGGGCUCGAGAUCGGCCGGUUGCCGCCACGAGACAGCGCAGCGCUCGACGAAGAGAUUCUUCAGUUGCGGAAGGUUGCGACUGAUCCGGGUGCGGGCGCAGCGUCUGGGGCGUCAUCGGCUGCGAGCAUCCGACUGCGUCAUCUCCUGCAACAGGCUGGCAAGCUUCAGUCGGAGCGACCGUCCUUCCUCCUGAAGCUCCAGGUGGCGAGUUGCUUCCAGAACCUCGACGCGGUCUACUUCCCCCACAAUAUCGACUUCCGAGGCAGGUGCUAUCCGCUGCCGCCGCACCUGAACCACAUGGGCGACGACAUUUGCCGCUCACUCCUCGUCUUCGCGGAGCCGAAGCCGUUGGGUCCGAACGGUCUCGGCUGGUUGAAGGUCCACAUCGCGAACUUGUUCGGAGUCAACAAGGUGAGCUUCGCCGAUCGCCAAGCCUGGGUGGACGCGCGCCUCGACCAGCUCCUCCAAGUCGCAGACGAUCCACUGAAUCCGCGGAGUCUCCACUUGCUGGACCAGGAAGCAGACGAUCCGUGGCAGGCGCUGAGCGCGCUCCUGGAGCUGAAGAAAGUUCUUGCACACGGCGCCGAAAACAGCGCGCAGUUCCUCUCUCGCUUGCCAAUCCACCAAGACGGGAGUUGCAACGGCCUCCAGCACUACGCGGCUCUCGGCCGGGACAGGCGCGGCGGGGAAGCCGUGAACUUGGUUGGCGGCGAGAAGCCCAGAGACGUCUACUCGUUUGUCCUGGAAGUCGUGAAGCAGCGCGUGCACGCGGACGCUGCGCGGGGGCCGGGGCCCGAGGGCCUCGCGCCCCCGGAGAAACGGCUCGCAGGCCUGCUGAUGCACCACAACCUCUUGCAGAGAAAAGUGGUGAAGCAGACGGUGAUGACGAUCUGCUACGGCGUGACAGCGAUCGGCGCGCGAGACCAAGUCACCCGCCAGCUGGAAGACUUGAUUGGCGAGACAGUCGACGAGGCCACGCUGAAGAGUCUAGGUGGCUACUUGUCCCGCGUCGUCCUCUCGUCGAUCGGCGAGGUCUUCCAGAGCGCGAUGCGCCUGAAGAAGUGGUUGGACGAAGUCUCCAAGAUGCUCAACCGGCUCGGCCUGCCGGUCGCCUGGAUGCUUCCGCUGGUCCAGUUUGGCGCCGAACAACCGUAUCGGUCGGGAAAGGCCUUGGAGGUCCGAACCGUGCUUCAGACGCACAUUGUGAGAGUCGCGGGCGAAGACACUCCGACCAGUGCGUCCAAACAACGCCUGGGCUUCCCACCGAACUUCAUUCACUCCCUCGAUGCCACGCACAUGAUGCUUACGGCCCGCCGGUGUCUCCUGCGCCGCCCGCCUCCCCUCGUGCCGCCCUCGUUUUCGGGAGCGGCUGGGGCGGGGCCAGGCGCCUGGACCGCGUGCGCGGAGGCCGAGAAUGAGAGUGACUGGCGACCCAUGGCUUUCGCAGCGGUCCACGACUCUUACUGGACGCAUGCCGGAGAUGUAGACAGAAUGCGGACGGUUCUGCGCCAAGAAUUCGUGCGCCUGUACUCCCAGCCGAUCCUCGAAGAGUUCUACGAGGGCCUGCGCGCGCGACUCGGACGCGUCGCCGACGACCUGCCGCCGCCGCCGAGCAAGGGAACCCUCGACAUCAACGAAGUGCUGCACAGCGACUAUUUCUUCCACUAG